AUCUAGAUAGACCUCUACAUGAAGUCUAAAAAAAAACAUAGACUCUAGAUCAGGAUCUUCCUUGACACUAAUAAUAAAGCUAGAUCUAUCAGCUUCAAGGAUUUAUUGUAGCAACAUUUAAAACAGAUUUUUUUCUACGCUAAUGCUGAUUUGCAACUAUUUUUCUAAAAUCUAGAUCAAGACUCUAAAUAUUGUUGUUUUUUUUUGUUGUGAUUGUCAUAAUUGCUUUUUUAUUUGUAAAUCCAACACACAAAAAAAAAUAAAUCUAGAAAAAAAUCAGGUUACAACGAAGUUAAAAAUUUAGAAAUUCAAGAUGGAAGCCGUUGCGCUUUGGGAUUUCGAAGCAACUCAGCCAGAUGAAAUGAGUUUCCGAAAAGGCAAUAAAUUAUGUGUUAUGAAUAAUGAGGAUUCAGGUUGGUACAGAGCUAUAAUGGGAAUGCAUUCUGGUUAUAUCCCAGCAUCCUAUAUCAAGAUGGAACCAAAAGACUGGUACAGAGAGCCUAUGACUAGAAAUGAAGCAGAAAGAUUCCUUUUACAGAAGGCAGUCAAUGGCUCAUUUUUACUUACUGAUGGUGCCUUUAUUAUCAGAAAAAGUGAAUCAGACAGAAAUGGUUUUGCACUUUCCGUCAAACACGAGGACACAGUACAACACUUUAAAAUAUUAACAGACUCAAACAACAAAUUUUAUAUCUGGCCUAAUUCUGUCUUUCCAUCAAUUAAUCAGCUAGUUGAACGUUACCGCUCUGAAAAUGUUUCUGGUGAUGCUAGGAAAUUAAUUUAUUUGAGGGAUGUUAAGCAGGAGUUGUACGAAGCCAUGUAUGACUUCACUCCAACCAACCAGGAAGAGUUGGCCUUGAAGAAGGGAGAUGUUAUCAGGCUACUGGCCAAAAGUGACCCCAACUGGUGGGAAGGGGAGGUGAAUGGCAGGAUGGGGUUCUUCCCAAAAAAUUAUGUAAAGGAAUACAAGUAAAAGGUGUUAUGGAGGUGUUAGGAGUAUUACUAUAACAGAGUGCCCUCUACUGGUGAAAUAUUUGACUAAAUAACUCCUUGAUGAAUAUGUACAUAAUUUAUAACUUUGAUCUAGUAUGCUAGUAUUUGGAGGAUAUCAACAAGAAAAGAAGAAAAAACUCUAUUUGUCUCAAAUAAUAGUGUUUUUUUUGUUGUUGUUUUUUAUUAUUUACAGAUUAAAUUGUUUUAUUUGUUUUUUUUUCAUAAAAGUGUUAUUGUUUUUAUAGCAGCAUCUAAUGUUGAUGGCAUAUUUGAAAAGUAAUGUGUUGUUUGUUGGAAAUUAUAACUUCUUGUGUUUUGACUGGUGGUCGGAUACAAUCAUGUGAUGGCUUUUUGUUAAAUCUGGCCCCCUUGCUUUCUAAUGGAUGCAAGAUUUGUCUUGGUUGUUGACACAUGUUACUUCUAUGAAUUGUUUGUAUCUACUGCAACAACACAACUUAGUAUUAAUAGUGUUGAUUUUUUUUGUUGAUGUUAGGUUUGUGUACUUGAAACAUUGCUGUGAUUUCUAUACAUGUCUUAUGUAUGGUUUGAUUUCAUGCUAAUCUGCUUUGAAUUGCCUAGAUGAUGUAUUGGCCUUCAAACAAUUCCAAGAGAUGAAGAGAAAUAGUCUCUGUUAACACAAUUUGUUGUUUCUAAAUUUACUGUUUUUGUGUACCUCAGCAACUAGACAUAAGAUAGAUUUGCAAAAAAAAAAAAAUACCUAUUUUAUUACCAGUGCCAAGAAACUUAAAAAAUACUUUGCUACCAUGUAUGGAAGAUUUGUGGUUAUGUUUGUAAAUAUGCAAGAGGGUUUUUGUUAUUUGUAUAUAUUUGAUGUUAAGCUUAAAUUGAUUGUAAAUAGCUUUGUUUUCUUUUGAAUAUUUACUACUUUGUCUAGCACAAUCCACAUCCACUUAAUGGAACCUGGCUAUUUGGAUAGCUUGUCCACUUGUAUAAACUGCAGGCUCUAAUUCAUCUUUAUUGUUCAACAUAAAUUCAUUUUUGUGCAUCCGCUUAUGUGAUUUUGUGUUGGGUUUUUUUACUCCAUGAAGUUGGCCUAGAAUGGGAUGUGCAUUGCUCUUGUUUUAAACCCAAAUUAUUUUUUUUUAAGAUACAAAUCUCAUAUCUAGUUAAAUAGAAAAUGAAACCACAUCCAGUUUCACAUAUUUUUUUAUAGAAAAGAAAAGCUUUACUUACGGACAAACAAAUUUGUUUAACUUUUUUUUUUUUACUAAGAAUAAUUAAUACUAUUUGAGCGUGUCAAAUUCUGCGUUAGAUCCAAAAUGAAGUAAUUUUUGUUGUUGUUGUUGUUUAGGUUUAACAUAUAUUUAUUGACAGUACUUAUUGUGUGUAUUGUUAUUGCAAACACAAACAGAAGAAACAGAGUCCUUGUCACUAUGUUGGACUUGUUGCUAGAAACCAAUGUUCUGGUUCAGUCUUCCAUUAGGUCCAGCCCCACUUUAAAUGCGUUUGUGACAAGAAUUAUUCUUUUAACAAGCCAACACAGCAGACCACUAAAAUCUGAUGUUUCUUGUUCACUUUACAAGUGACUAGUUUUCAUUAAAAACUAUACAUUGCUUUUCAACAGCAGAUUGUUGUGAAGAUCUAACAUAUUAUGUUUUGUUUUUAUUAGUGUUUGUAAAUUGGUUGUACAAAUUAAUCACUGCAAAGUGCAUAGACUUUUUUUUAUGGAAGUACAUUUUCUGGCUUUUUGUUUUUUUAUAUUUCUUGUUGGAUUAUAAGAUAAGCAAUAUUUAUUAGGUUGGUCAGAUUUAUAGUAUCAAAUAUGAAAAGGAUAAACUAAGUAUACAUUCUAAUAGUGAAAUCUGUGUUUUAAGUUGCAUAAUAUUUUUAUAGAAAUCAAAAUGCUUUAUUGGCAAAAAAAAAAAGGUAUAAAUGAUGGGACCAAAGUGGUAUAUUUUAAGUGUCAUAUUUAUUGACUUGCAGAAUGGGCUGUUCAAAUAAAGAUCAAUCCUGUUCUUUGGGAAGCUUUCUUGAAUGAAAUCAUUAUUUGUAGCUUUUAGUAGGCUAUGUAAAAAAAAACAUGCCAUAGUUGUGUUUAAAAUAUUAAAUUUCAUUUUUUAUUUUGGUUUUCAAGAUCUUUUGAUAUUGAAGCACUUUGGUUUUCUUGUCCACCUAAUAUCUCUUUAUUAUCUUAAUAUGCUUGUUCCAUAUUUUGUGAAUUGAAGGAAACAAGUUUAAUGACUGGAUCAUUUUAUAUUUUCAAAAGUAUCAACUAUGUAGUUUUAUGGGCCAUAUGUAAUGAUGUCAUUUGUCAAUGAGCUAAACAAAAAAUGUUGUUUUGUUUCCACAGCUUCCAAUGAUUUUAUGUUCUUGUUUGCACACUAGUGUUAUGCUCAGUACUUAGAGACAAAAAAAAUAAUGGAAAUGCUGUCAAGAUAACAUUUAUGCCCCAUUACUCAGUGCAAAUUGUACUGUGUUCAUAAAUGUGAUGAAUAGAGUAAGUCUGUUGAGAUCCAUUGUCUCUUUUGUAUAUUGUACAUAUGCGAGCAUGUGAACCCUUCAUGUACACAUUGCAAUCUAAUGACUCCUAGAACUAGGGCUCCCCAAACAAUGUACAUGGUCAAGUCUCUUCUGAAGGCUAUGUAUUAUAACACUGCAUUAUAUCUACCUGGAGUAGACUUCAUCUUUGUCCUGGUUAGACACACUGAUGGAAAUGAAAUCACUGUCAUGACUUUUGUUACUAUUAAAAAAAACCAUCAAAUGUAUGUUUGUAAUAAAAAGCUGUUUCUGA